AUGCCAAAUUCUGGAGGUGUGAAAAAGUCACGUCCCAGGAGAAAGGGUCGACCUCGGCCUUUGCCACCGGAUGUGAUGGCUCGGAACCUGGCUAUUGAGAAGCAACGUCGCGAGGCACUCAACGAGAACUUUGUGGAGCUCGCACGCAUGCUUCCCAACCUUGCAUCCGCACGCCGUCUCACAAAGGUGCUCAUCGUCAAUGAAAGCGUCGAGCACGUACGGCAACAACGCGCGUUGUGUUUGGCUGCGGCGCAAGAUAUGCAGGAUUUGGUUUCUGAGAACAAUUGGCUUGUUGCAGAGGUCAAUGCAUGGAGGGCGCAGUUUGGUGGACCAGGAGCGUCACUGGUUCCGGUGAAGCCGAUGACAGAGGCAAUGAUUCAACUGUCAGAGGUGAAGAAUCAAGUCUUUGGAACCUUCAAUGCUGGCUUUGGCGAUAACUGGGUGGAAAAUGCCACUCAAUCCGAACCGAACACAAGCUUCGAGCUGCAUGAUACGAUGCAGUCGGUGGACGAUCCUUACUCAGACCUUGGACAACAGACAUAUGUCAACCUACCACCACAACACAUGCAAACGAACAUCGAAACUCUUGCUCCUAGCAUAUUACCUAGCUCCACACCUCCGGAAUACGAUAUGCAUCCUGAACGCUACUUGGGUCCAAUCUUACACUCCUCCAUGACACAUUUGGAUAUGUUUGACCCUUUCACUACGCAAUUGCUACAGGAGGAUGAGCUGACGUCGCGCUGGGUCGCUGGGUCAAUUGGCUGGACAUAG